CCCUCUCUCUUUGCUUCAGGACGACGGCGUAGUUGUUGAAAAGUUGAACGGGGCAGAGAUCCCCAGUUGGUCGGCACUUCGCAGCUCGUGACAGUUAACAGCAGUUAGCAAAAUGGCGUCGUUGUGCGCGGUGAUGUCGUUCGCGUUCUCUCUGAUGCUGACACCUUUCCUGAUGCUACUGCUGGCGAUCAUAUUCCUCGCGUCCAUCGGCAAAUCUCUUGGCGUGCGAAGAUUGUACAUCAAAUUGCUCCUGGCUCUCUUCGAGUACGGCAGGCAAAACAUCGAAAGUGUGAAAAAAAGAAACGGCACUCGGGACGAUGACGACAAUACGGAGGAGGAAUGCGAGUCGUCAACGAUCACGGACAAGAAUUCAACGGUGACAUCGGCCAAGACGCAAAAUGGCUGUGUGGGCAACACGGUGAUAGCCAGAUCUAAGGAUUUGAUCCUUGUUCCCGAGCCGGAAAUGCACAAUCACGUUAACGAGGAUUUUAAAACUGAUCGCAAAGAUUCGACAACGAUCGACGAUAAAGAGGAUUGUCUCAAUCAGAAGAACUCUUUUGAAACGCUCAAAACUGGAUUUGCGCCAUCAAGUCUGGACUACAUCAGAGCGGGGGUCGAAGCUAUCAUAGAAGACGAGGUGACAUCGCGUUUUGAAGCCGAAGAACUCAAGAAUUGGAACUUGCUAACGCGAACAAAUAGAUACUACGAAUUUAUUUCCUGGAAGUUGACCUUCAUUUGGAUGUUCGGGUUCGCACUGCGAUAUGGUUUUCUUCUUCCUCUGAGGAUAUUUAUUUGCUUCGUAGGGGUGUUCUAUCUUGUAACCGUAACGUACUUGAUCGGCUUUCUGCCGAAUGGCCGCGUAAAACGUUGGGCAAACAACCAGGGCUCACUUAUUGCGUUCAGGAUAAUAUCUCGUUCUAUCUCGAGUGUGGUCACGAUCCACAAUCCAGAAUACAAACCAAAACCCGGAGGCAUAUGCGUGGCGAAUCACACGUCCACCAUCGAUGUCCUGAUCUUAUCCACACAAACGAUAUUUUGUUUGAUAGGUCAGAGGCAUGGCGGUUUCUUAGGAAUAUUACAAAGAGCUCUUGCUCGUGCCUCUCCACACAUUUGGUUCGAACGGUCUGAGGUUAAAGAUAGAGAGGCCGUUGCAAAAAGAUUAAAGCAACACGUAUCAGAUCCCACGAAUCCACCCAUACUUAUAUUUCCGGAGGGUACGUGUAUCAAUAACACAUCAGUAAUGCAAUUCAAAAAAGGCAGUUUUGAAGUCGACAGCAUUAUCUAUCCUGUGGCCAUAAAAUACGAUCCAAGGUUUGGAGAUGCAUUUUGGAACAGCAGUCGAUAUUCGAUGUUACAAUACUUGUACAUGAUGAUGUCGAGCUGGGCGAUAGUUUGCGAGGUGUGGUAUCUUCCUCCGAUGUAUAGGAAAGCAGGAGAGAGUGCCAUCGAUUUUGCGAACCGAGUGAAAGCUGUGAUAGCGCGGCGUGGCGGCCUAGUCGAUCUGCAGUGGGACGGUCAAUUGAAAAGAAUGAAGCCGAAGAAGGAAUGGAGGGAAAAGCAGCAAGAAGAAUUUAGUAAAAGAUUGAAAGUCGAGUAAACAAAUUCAUCGUUUCUAGUCAUGUCUUCAUAAUGCACAUAAUUGCGUGAUAUAUAGUUUGUCUCGAUGGUGUUUGUCCAAGUCAUUUCAUUCGAAUUGUGGCCCUUCACAUGUUUUUUCAUAUUAUAUAUCGCUAUAAAAAAAAGAAAGUUGAUGUCGCGUUGGUUCACAUUACGUUGUAGAUGUGUAAAUAUUUGUGCAGAUAUGAUAGCUUGCACUUUUUUGAUCGCUUUCCGCGCGAAUCACGACUUAUUGAAGAUAUUUACAUUAUAUUAUAAUUUAUACUAUAGUGUAUAAUAUCUAUAUAAUUUUUGAACGAACAAUCGAGACGAAGAAGUGCAAGCGUGAUGUUUGCUAGGUUUUAAUACUAAGGAUUAAUGAAGACAUUAAGAAUUUAUUAUUUAUAUGUGAAAUGUGUAAUAUGUUAACGUGUGUGUAUGUAUGGAGUGUAUGUAGCACGGAGAACUUUCCUAGUUAUAUAUUCUCAGCACAUGUAGUCGGAAUUUCCGAACAAUUGAACAAAUUCAAUUGGACAAUUCAGACAACACAUUAAUAUUCUCUUAUAGGAUUAGUAAAGGAAGAUAUAUAGUUUCUGCUGUACAGCUAUAAGGUGAAUAAAUAUUUAUUCAUUUUUUUGUUUUGUUUUUAACACGGAGAAUGGCAGUGCAGCACUUCAGAGAUUUUCUAUUCUUUAGAGAUACACAAUUACAUUGUUAUUUUUCUAUCUUGUAAAAUCGAAUAUAUAUAUAAUAGCAUCUCGACAUAUAAUUUUCUACUUUUGUAUUUUAUACAUAUGUGUAGAAUGUGGACUUUUUAGCGCUCUAUAUUGCACAAUGCAUGUCAAUAUAGCAAUAAAUACAAUAUACGCAGAUAUAAAUUAAAAUAAAAAUAAAACAAAAAAAAACGAAAUACUGAUGUAUCAAUAAACAUUUAUGAAUUUUACUCGACAGAUUACGCUAAAGAACGGAAGAGAUAUAUAGAAAUAGAUAUUAAAAGACAUAUUUUCUCACACUUCCAACCAAAGUUAAAUAGAGCAGGUUUAAAAAUAAGUGCUAUAUUUUAUACUAUCAAUUAUUCUCUGUAGUAAUAAGAUGUUGUCUAUUGUAUUAACACAAUGAAAGGUAACAUCUGUCUGUAGAUUCGUGAUAUCUGUUACAUGUUUCGCUGAGCCUAAUUCCAUGUUAAUUGAAAGAUAAAUAGUAAUUUAGAGUAAGUUUCAUCAGUGUUAAUGAAUAUUUUUUUUUUAUCUGUACAAUAAAAUUUCUAAAUAUCAGUCAGUGUUGUAGUUUGUGAUGUCGUUAAAAUUCUUUUUUGUUAAAAACGAGCGGUAUUAAAAUAUAUUUUUAUAAUAUAACAUGCAUUCACAUAUACAGUCAAAUCUCGCCAACUCGAAAAAACCAUCUCCAAUACAAAAUUUUUUUUUUUUUGUUUCUUGCAGACAAUCUCCAUAAGCUGAAGAAAAAUA